GGGAAGCCUGGACAAUGUCUCAAUCCCCCCUCCCCUCCCCUCCCCUCCACACACAUACAGGCGGAUACCCUCCCUUAGGUUGCUGGUACAGGAGAAUUUUCCUCCUGAGCUGAACACAACUGAGGUAUUUCCCUGGGAGCUGGAAUGUGUGUGCGUCCACAGGGCUGCAGAUUCGAAGCACAGAAAACUACAAUUAUAAACCCUGCCUGUGAGGUUUCUGUGCAAUCCUGUUGUGUACUCAAGACUUGGUACACAUUUCUAUCCACCUCUCCAUACGCAUGCUUCCUCACUGAAGCAGGGAGAGACCCCCCCCCCCCCCCAGACGGGCAGCCGGCUGCUGUGUAUUUACAUAUUCCCCCUUGGAGACAGACAGAUGGGACAGUGGACUGAACCACAGACAGAUCCGUAGAGAUCUGGCUCCAGGAACCAGGCGGCCUCUGGCCCAGCUCUGCCUGCCUGCUCUUUCUCCCAAACAAACGGAUCAGAGGAAUAAACGCUCAUAAAUACCUCUGGGUUUAGAUAAGAGCGAUGAGGCGCUAUUUCCUUUCAUGCUGGACUACAGGCGCCCAGGCCCUGCCUUUUUGGCUCCAUCUCCCGACAGGCAACCUGCAGAGGUGAAGUUAAUUUGGGGCUGUGACUCUCUCUAAGGACAAGGGGAUUAUUUUCCUGCUUCUCUCACCGGGGAAUCUUACUUUGUCCAAACUCCACCGGCAAGCCUACGCCAUCCAGUCCCAAGACGGGGACAUAGUGGCCAGCGAGGGGAUAGCGAGGGCUGAAACCCAAGGCCCAGCUUCAGUGGCAGGGAGGGGGGAGGUGCACACCUCGCUCACCUCGCCCAAAUGUUCCACGUGCCUCUGUGGGAACGGGCCCAAUCACAGCUAGAUUGGAACAUUUAUGAUGCUCCAUCAUUAGAGGGCUUGAGUUUGUUUUUCUUAAAUCUUGAUAAAACGACUGCAGAGUCAGGGUAGGAAGGGAUCACUACUUGGCCAUGAAGGGGCAACCUAGAUGUUGUCCUGAGUUCAGGAAGCCUUGAAGGCCAUUUUGCUACCAAACAAGUGCCCACCCUUAGUCACCAACCUCAGCCCUCUGCCAUUUUCCCUAGUGUCUUGUCACACCUUUAGUGGGUAGAGCUGGCCCAUAGAAAGGAGCCCAAAGAGUAAGGUAGAGAGGAGGCACAGCCUGGCCCCUUCAUCAGCUUUUGUCCCACAUCCUGGCCCAUGCCCAGCUCCAGGUCUGAAGGUGGUCCCCCUUGACAUCCUCUCCGUGAAUAUUAGAAUUUUGAAAACACAUUGUGGCUGUCUUCCAGCCUGGCUUCAAUGUUCAUUUUCUUUAGACGAGAGCCAGAGACAUGCACUCUCACACACGCAAGCUUGUACUGCAGCAAAGCGGGUGCUGCAAAAAUGAGAUGGGGGUGGGAGGGACUGUAGAGAUGCUGAGAGACAGAGGGUGGUGAGCAUCUGGAGAGGGGAUGUGGGCUGAUAGUUCUAAGCUGCCUGCUGAGACCUCUUCCCUCCUUAUAAAACUAAACCAAAAUGAAGUCUGGGGAAAGAAUUAAUUUUAAAAAGAACGGCCAGCUUCUGGAGAGACUUGGAAAAGGUGUGAGGACCCCUCUCUUCCUGGUGGUCUCUAAGCGCCUCAACUAUCAGGAGGGUUUGAGGACCCCAACUUAGAGGAGGACCAAUUUCUCUCCUAUACCCUCUUUCUGAGACAACCUUGAUUCCUAAGGAUCUGUCGCCCAGGAUAUUCUCAUGUCUUUGUGGGGGUGAAGGUUGCAGGCAGGAUAAGUGAUCAGACAAACCCAGGCUGGGGGAUGCCCCUCACACCCCCUCUCUUUAUCCCUAAGUGGAGAGGGCUAGACCCUCUCCCCAUCGCCCCUUCCUGUGCCCAGAGCAAGCGGUGCACACUAGACCCAGGCGUGAUGUCUUGGGGAGCAGCCAUAGCGGCCCAGGAGGCUCCUAACCCAGCUGCAGAGCCAGGAGAAGGUUAGGCUCAGACCCUCCUCCCAUUUACCGGCCUUCGGGGUCCUCUGGGCAGCAGGCUCUGGCCUGCCUCUCAGACCACGAGAGCUGCGGAGAAGCAGGAAUCAUAAUCCCAGGCUUGGAAGAGAUAGAGUGGAUCUGAGAAACAAGGGGAGGAGGGAUGUCUUCAAAACCUGGGAAGGGGAUGGUUUCCUUUUCGCCUCUCUCUCUCUGAAAGGAUGCUAGUUAGCGGCGAACUGAACUCUUCUCCCCUUCGGCCAACACAAACCCCUAGAAAUAAACCGCCUUUGGUUCUCUCCUGGCUAGGCUGAGAUGUGAGAUUCAGGGAUGGCUGCCCACCCUUCCCUUGGGGGGAAUGGGGCUCAAGCCACGCAGGGGUUAACUUUCCUGAAAACACAAUUAACUUUUUCCUAUCCUGAGUGGGGAGGGAGGGGGAGAUUUAUUUAAUCACUGGGAGAUGCGGUGGUCUCCACCAAAGCUCCCUCCUCCCGCACAGACGUCUCUCUCGCAGAUCCUACGUAGAGGGAACAGAACGCGUAGUGUUGUUGGGGGAGAGAGAGAGAGAGAAAGGAGAAGGAGAAGAAGGAGGGAAAAAAAAGGUUGAUAGGUUUGUGCGCGGGUCCCUCGCGCGGGCUGCGCUCCUCCUGGGUGCUAUUUGACAAUUCCUGCCUCUGCCAUUGGUCAGUGCUGGAUCAGAUGCUUGUAUUUCCUUCUGGCCCUCACUGGCACCUCGCCAUCCCCCCUCAGCGAAAACCCAAUCUCAGAUAUACUACUAAUAGGCGCGGCGCUCGGACUAUAAAACACAACAAAUCAUAAGCCCGGCGGAGCAGCAGCGGCCGCGCGCCUCCCUCCCAAUGAGUUCCUAUUUCGUGAACUCCACCUUCCCCGUCACUCUGGCCAGCGGGCAGGAGUCCUUCCUGGGCCAGCUCCCGCUCUACUCCUCCGGCUAUGCGGACCCGCUGCGGCACUACCCCGCGCCCUACGGGCCCGCGCCCGGCCAGGACAAGGUGUUCGGCGAGCCCGACGAGCAGAAGUGCUCCACGCCCGUCUACCCGUGGAUGCAGCGGAUGAACUCGUGCAACAGUUCCUCCUUUGGGCCCAGCGGCCGGCGCGGCCGCCAGACCUACACGCGCUACCAGACCCUGGAGCUGGAGAAAGAGUUUCACUACAACCGCUACCUGACGCGGCGGCGGCGCAUCGAGAUCGCGCACGCCCUGUGCCUGACCGAGCGGCAGAUCAAGAUCUGGUUCCAGAACCGGCGCAUGAAGUGGAAAAAGGAGAGCAAACUGCUCAGCGCGUCUCAGCUCAGUGCGGAGGAGGAGGAGGAGAAGCCAGCGGAGUGAAGGCGCUGGAAAGGCCGGGGCGCGAAGGGAGAGGCCUGUGGGCAGCCGAGGGCCUUGGAGCUCUGGAGAAGGCUCUGCGGGCGGGGGG